GGCUGUCCAGGCUCUUCUUUAAAAAAAACCCUCCUACAACUUCUAGUGAUAAGCCAGUUCCCAUAGUUAAUUGUCCUCACUGUUAGGAAGUUUCUCCUUAAUUCCAAGUUGCUUCUUUAUUGGGAGCAGCAGAUCCCUGAGCAGAGUGCCCCACACUUUUCCCGAGGCUUUCCUUGAAGGCAAAGGGUCUCUGAGCCUAUACAGAGUGCUCUUUGUUAGCAGACGGAGAUCUUUGAGCCCGUGCAGAGCGCUCCUUCUCCCGAGGCUUUCCUUCAAGGCAAAGGGUCUCUGAGCUUACGUAGAGAGGGCUCCUUCAUCGUCCUCAGAAGAUCUCUUGAGUGUCCCCCGUUUCAAAAGGCAGGGGAGAAAACCCCUCCUGAUUUCAGCUCUCGCCCUGCCAGCUAAAAAAACCUUGUUUUCCCAACGCUUUCUGUGGGACUCCGGUUUCCAUCAGCCCCCGGCCUGGUGGACAAACAGCCUGGGAAUUAGCAUCCAAACCUCUCUAAGGUGGGGGAAAGAAAGUGCAGGAAUUUGGUUGUGGAUUUGGACUUGGUGUGUGUGUGUGCUUUUUGCAAAGGAUAAAAUGGGGGGUGUCCCGCCUGCAGUGAUGAUUUCGUGCCCCUGUGUUUCGUUUCAUUUUUCCCCCUUCUUUCCUCUCUGCAGAGGGUGGAACGCCAGGCUCCGGAUCUCGACCCAAGAGAGAAGAAGGACGAUGGAAGGGAGCCGGGAUGGACAGACGGAAGAGAGGGGCAGAGGGAGGAGGAGGAGGCCUGCCUCCCUCCCUUCCUCCCCACACUUGGGGGGUGGGAGGCGUGUUCAUUGCGUGGCACAUCAGGAGGGGCUUCCUUCCCAAGCAGAGCCUGCAGCCUUUCCCCCAACAGCUGGCUUCGCAAAGUGGGAUUCCUUCCUCGAAGUUUCCCCACCAUGAUCUCGCCGUCCCUGCUCUUCCUUCUACUUUUCCUAACACCCCUGGAGGGUGGGAGCCACCCAGCAGAAGAUGAUAAUUUAUUGGUCUUCGCGGUGGCUACCAAGGAGACCGAAGGCUUCAAACGCUUCAGAAGUUCAGCCCAGGUUUUUAACUAUAACCUCAAGGUUCUGGGACUAGGAGAAGAAUGGCCUGAGCGAGAGGACCAGAGGACAGCAGGUGGACAGAAGGUCCGUCUUUUGAAAUCGGCUUUGGAAGCCUACGCAGAUAAAGAAGAUUUGGUGAUCCUUUUCACCGAGAGCUAUGACGUCAUCUUUGCUUCGGGGCCUGCAGAAGUCCUGAAAAAGUUCAAGCAGGCCAAGUCAAAAAUUGUCUUCUCAUCCGAGACCCUCAUCUAUCCGGACCGGAGGUUGGAGGCCAAGUAUCCGGUGGUCCAAGAAGGGAAAAGAUUCCUGGGAUCUGGAGGAUUCAUCGGUUAUGCUCCGUAUCUCAAUCAGCUUGUGGCCGACUGGCAAGGCCUGGACAGUGAGAGCGACCAGAUGUUUUAUACCAAAGCAUUCCUGGACCCUGAAAAGCGGAAGACCCUCAACAUCACUUUGGAUCAUAGGUGUCGGAUCUUCCAAAAUCUUAACGGCGCUCUAGACGAAGUGGCUCUCAAAUUCGAAAACGGCCAGGUGAGAGUGCGGAAUCUGGCGUUUGAUACCCUCCCUGUUGUGAUUCAUGGAAACGGACCCACCAAGCUGCAGCUGAAUUACCUGGGGAACUACAUCCCUCAAUCUUGGACCUUCGAGAUGGGCUGCACUGUCUGCAAAGAAGGCAUGAAGAAUUUCAGUGGCUUGAAAGAAGACUCGCUCCCUCUGACCGUGGUCGGCGUCUUUAUUGAGCAGCCCACCCCUUUCCUCGACCAGUUCUUCAGAAGGCUCCAGCUUCUCCGCUACCCGAAAAAGAAAAUCCACCUGUUCAUCCACAAUCACGAGGAACAUCACCUGUCCCAGGUGAGCUCCUUUGUGGAACAGCACGGCCAGGAAUAUCGCUCCCUGAAAGUGAUGGGGCCAGAGGAUAAUCUGGAGAACGCCGAUGCUCGCAACUUUAGCAUGAAUCUGUGCAAGCAGAACCCCGCGUGCGAAUAUUACUUCAGCCUGGAUGCCGAGGUGGUGCUCACAAACCCCGAUACCAUGCAGAUCCUGAUGGAGCAGAAUAAGUUUGUGAUUGCCCCUCUCGUGAGCCGCAUUGGGAAGCUGUGGUCGAACUUCUGGGGGGCCUUGAGUCCUGAGGGCUAUUAUGCCCGCUCAGAAGAUUAUAGGGAGAUUGUCCAGAGACGGAGGAUUGGCCUCUGGAACGUCCCAUACAUUUCUAGUGUCUACGCGAUCAAGGGCAGCGUCCUGAGGUUGCAACUCGCCCAGCUGGACCUUUUCCACAGUGGCAGACAAGAUGCCGACAUGGCUCUGUGCCAUAACAUUCGCGAGCAGGGGGUGUUCAUGUUUUUGACAAACCAGCAGCCGUUCGGGCACAUCCUAUCCUUGGAGAAUUAUCAGACGAGCCACCUGCAUAACGAUCUCUGGCAAAUCUUCAGCAACCCAGAGGACUGGAAGGAGAAAUACAUUCACCCAAACUACACGGACGCCUUAAAAGGGAAAUUGCUAGAAACGCCCUGCCCAGAUGUCUAUUGGUUCCCCCUCUUCACUGACACGGCCUGCGACGAGCUGGUUGAAGAGAUGGAGCACUUUGGCCAGUGGUCCAGGGGAGACAACAAGGACCAGAGGAUUUUAGGGGGCUAUGAGAACGUCCCAACCAUUGACAUCCACAUGAACCAAAUCAACUUCGAGCGAGAGUGGUACCGAUUUCUCCUAGAUUACAUCGCACCCAUCACGGAGAAGCUGUACCCCGGCUAUUAUACCCAGACCCAGUUUGAGCUCGCCUUCGUCGUCCGUUACAAGCCGGACGAGCAGCCGUCCCUGAUGCCGCAUCACGACGCUUCCACCUUCACCAUCAACAUCGCCUUGAAUCGCGUGGGGAUCGAUUAUGAAGGCGGGGGCUGUCGCUUCAUCCGUUACAACUGCUCCAUCCAAGCCCCCCGGAAGGGCUGGACCCUCCUGCACCCGGGCCGCCUGACGCACUACCACGAGGGCCUCCCCACCACCAAAGGAACCCGCUACAUCGCCGUCUCCUUCCUCGAUCCCUAGAGCUGCCACCAGGAAGAAAAAACCUGGGGGUGGGGGUGGGAAUUCUAUUUUUUUUCAACCCAUUUCACCCCCCCUCCCCCAUUAGCUGCACACACCCCUCCCCCAGGAAGGAGUGGGGGGGGGGCGGACUUCCAGAACAGAUCAUUUGAUUGGACACCGCCUGGUUGCAAGAGAGAUUAUCUAGAUUCAGUAGGAUCCCUUCAGGGAGUCUAGUCCCAGAGGAUUCUGCCGCCAGCCUGGCCCCCUGCUUUCCACCAGGUUAAAGUGCCUGCCUGCUUUCUCCCCGCCUCCUCGUGGGGAGAAUACCUCAGUUUCCACAUUUUUCCUCCCAAUGGAGGUGGCCAAGGCGUGUCAGAAUCACUUGUUGCCUGGAUUUUUUACGCGGCACACGGGGUUGAUCGCUACAAAAGACUUGGAAAUAGGAUCCCAGCUCCCCAAACACGACAAACCCCUCAGAAUUCAAAGAUUCCUUUAUUAGGCGUGCUGGCAGCCCCAGCAAAAUGUUCCUCUCUCAACACAGGCUAACAAGGAGAUGAAUAUUUGUCUGCCACAUUUAUUCAUCUUCACCCCCUGCCUUUUAUCCCCAGUGCUAGGGUGGGGUUUCACUAGCAGCAGUGGCUCUAACGUCCCGAGG